CGCAGUCUCUCCCCAGCAUGCAAUUGCUGGGGAGAGGAUGAAUAUGACUGCACAGCAUAUAUACAUGGGCUGGAUUUUGGGCGUAGUGUUUCUUUAAAGACUCACUUAUGUACCUUGGGACAUUGUAAAACAGGUAAUGUAUGAGCAGUUCCUUGGUGACAUACAGUGUACACUGCACCCGACGCCUGGUGUCACGUUACCAGCACAUUCUAAGACUGUUGACAUGAGUUGUCUCCUGGUGUAGAGUAUGCAGCAGAUACUGUUUCCACCCUGACCUGACGUCCCAGCUUUACUAUGGGGGUUCUGAUGAGCACAGUAAGGAGGAAGAAGAAAGACGAUGAACAUGAAGGUGUCAAGAACUCGCCUGUGGAUUUAUCCCAGAUGUGGAAUCGGAUCAAUAUCCUGCCUCCUGUUGAAAGGCUGCAUAAUCUCUCUAGACAGUAUGUGCCUUUUGGAUGGAUUACCAUAAGAGUGUUUGUGUCAUCCACAUUUGAUGAUUUCCAUUCAGAGAGAGAAGUGCUUGUGAAGCAGGUGUUUCCAGAACUCAGAGAGUGGUGUGAAGCCCGCAGUAUGUGCUUGGUUGAGUGUGAUUUAAGAUGGGGGAUCCCUAAGGACACGCCUUCAGGCAAGAUCUUCACCACUUGUCUUGGUGAACUAGAUCGAUGUCACCAGGACACCUUUGGAACACCUUUUAUGGUGGUACUUCUAGGUGAACGUGCUGGCUGGAUACCAGAUGCAGCUGAGGUACCUCAAGAAAUUGUUGACCUCUAUCACUGGAUUGAUGGCAUGUCUGUCACGGGAACUGAAAUAUUGCAUGGAGCUUAUAGAAACUAUAAUCCCAAUGCUGCAUUUUGCCUUCGAGAUCCAUCUUUUCUGCUCCAAUUGUCCCAGGAGGAUCUUCCAAAAUAUCAAGACAAAGAUCAUAAGGCUUCAUUUAUGCUGUCACUCCAGGAACAAUUGUGUUGCCGCUUUCCUGCGAAACAGAUUCUGCACUAUGGGUGCCAGAUACUUGCCACUGACCCCACUACUGGACAAGGGAAAGUGAAAUUGGGGAUUUCCUCUGAAUUCUCCUCAUGGAUUCUAGAGUUUCUUAAAAAAAGAAUUCUUCUAACAUUCCCAGACCGUUCAGAAAGUACAUCAAAGGAGGUUCAGAUUUCCUGGCAGGAGGCAGAAUUAGCUCAACAUCACAUCUUUCUCCAUCAAAAACAGCAGCUAUUUCUUGGACGAGAUCUUGAGAUGCAGAGGAUCUUAGAGUUCCUAAAAAUGGAACAAGAUGAUUCCGCCAUGUUGGAAAAUAAAGACGUUGAUGCUGAAUGGAGGAUCCCUAUGUACCAGAUUGUUUCAGAGCCUGGAAGAGGCAAGUCAUCUUUAUUGGCUGCUUGCAUAUCUAAAGUACAUCAGCUUCCUCACAGCAGGGUCUUUUACCAUUUUGUUGGCUGCGGUCCUUCAUCCGUUCAACUUUCCAAUAUAGUGAUGCGUCUUUGCUGCUACCUCCUUCCAAAUGGACCAGAGCAAGAAGAUGUUCUCAUGAAGCUCAGGAAUUGUUGGAGAAAUGAAGAGAUAAAAGACAUCCUGCAGCAUGUCCUGCAAACAUCUGCCAAACUCCCUAGCAUGGCCACAUACAUAUUUAUUGAUGCCAUAAAUCAGCUUUCAUUUCCCUCUGAUGUCACCGACCUGUCUUCUUGGCUGAGCACUGAAGGAUUUCUUCCUCCUUCCUAUAAGUGUGUGAUCAGCUGUACCCCAACCUCUGCACUCUGCACCAUGUCAUCAUCUACCUGUCUAAAUCUGGAUCUUCUGUCUCCGGAGGCAGCACAGCGCCUGGUGGUCUUAUACCUGUCUCGCUAUAGCAAGAUAUUAAGCACAGAGCAGCUUCAGGAACUUCUACAAAAAUCAUUCUCCACAAACCCUUUGUGGAUAUCGCUUGCCUGCGAGGAACUCCGUGUCUAUGGAAUAUUUGAGAUGCUCACCAAAAAAAUUAUAGAAUUACCUGACACACUGCAAGGUUUGCUAGAAAGUAUCAUACAAAGACUGGUGCAGGAAGACUACAGUACCCGGGUGAAAAAGCUACUUUGUCUGCUGCAUUGCUGUCAAGAGGGUGCAGCUGAGCAAGACUUGCAAGGAGCCAUGUCUUCUCUAGAAGGUGUCUCAGAAAUACCCACCAUGUAUUGGGCCUCACUUCGCAGAACUUUGGGCUUUCUUCUUCGCGUAGGCCGGGACCACAGAGGGAAAGACACACUUAGUUUCUUUCAUGGCAGUGUAGCAAAGGCAGUGGAUCAAUGUUUGCUCAGUCCUGACAACUGUCACCAUAUAUAUUUAGUCAGCCUGGCUGAUUACUAUGACUACAAGUGCACGGACCAUGUCACAGUGGUGAACCAGCUGCCAAGACUCCUUCAGGAAGCCACGAUGAACAGUCGCUUGGUUAACUUUCUGAGAAAGGAUCCCCGUGCUCGCUCUAUACAGGCUCACACUAGGGCACAGUACCUAAAGGAUCUACGUUGCACUUACGUAUGCAGGGAUGGCUUCCCCAGGUCUCAAGCUAUGUUCUGCGGCAUGUGUUCAAUGAGAACUGGAGCAUUUGGUCAGCUGUUUCUGAAUAAGCAGAGCUGCGUCCUGUGUGGAGUGCAUGUCGCCAUCAUGGGGAAAGAGGCUUUCUUGUGUCAUCAACAUCACAGGAUCGGCACAACUGAAUGUCUAAUCUGCAAAUCACGUAUUCUAGGGCAUCCACCGCCAUCUCCCGUUCUUCUGUGUCACAUGUGUGGCUUCCAUGAAACAUGUAUAGCCUUAAAAAUUUAAAUUUCUCUCUAUCUGUCUCAUAUCUAUCUAUCUAUGUAUCAUGUAGGCUCUUCUGCUCUGUUUCUCAAACAACAUUCAGGUCCCAUGUCCAUUAUCAUUUCCCAGUUGGGAUGCACAUAUUUAGAUUGCUCUUUAACUGAUCUUUAUAGUAAUUAAAAAAAUAAAUACAGUAUUAAUACUCUUGAAUUUAAAUGCCUUUCGGUAAAUGAACACUGGCAGUCUGUAGUCUGCAUCAGGAGCACAUCAGUAGUGGAUAGAUAGAUGAAUAUCAAUA